AUGAGCUCAUCUGAAGAUGAAGUAGUAUUAUCAAAAAUACAUCCAAAACAAAAAUCAGUUACUUCCACAACCACCACCUCCUCCUCAUCAAAUUCAACCUCGCCAACUUCAACUUCAAAUACCUCCGACACUGAAGAGGAUGCUGUUUCCCUAUCCAAAAAAACCAAUACCAGAAAGAUGCCAAUUGAGUCGGAUUAUGAAGAUGAAGAUGAUGAUAAACCCUUGGCUAAAAAGGCAAAAUUGAGUAAUGGCAAGCCCAAGACUAAAGAAGUGAAAACCACCGCUGCAACUAAACCAAGAAAGCCAGUUAAAGUUAAAAAAGAGACUACUGCAACAAAGCCUACUACAACAAAGCCCACUACAAGCAAGCAAGUUAAAGUUAAAAAAGAGCCUACUACAACAAAGCCAAAGAAUGGUAAAUCAAUAAAACAAGAGAAACAGCCAAAGCAACAACACAAUAAUGUCAAAAAGGAAAAACAAUCACUUAAAGAAAUAAAGCAAGAAGAAGAAGAAAAAGGAGGAGAAGGAGGAGGAGGAGAAGGCGAUGAGGAAGACGAAGAUGAAGGAUAUAAAUGGUGGGAAGCACAAGAUGAACAUGAUGGAGAAAUCAAAUGGACUUCUCUUGAACAUAAUGGUGUGAUGUUCCCACCAGAGUAUGAGAAGUUGCCAUCUCAUGUGAAACUAUAUUACGACGGCAAACCAGUGAACUUGCCCAUUGAGGCAGAGGAAGUUGCUGGAUUCUAUGGAGCUAUGUUAGAAACCGAUCAUGCUAAAAAUCCAGUCUUUCGAAAAAAUUUCUUCAACGAUUUUAAGCAAGUUUUGAGAGAGUGUGGUGGUUGUGAAGUUGAGAUUACUGAUUUUACAAAGAUGGAUUUUAGCCGUAUUUAUGCUUAUUAUGAGAAACAAAGAGAAGAUAAGAAACUAUUGAGCAAAGAAGAGAAAAAGAGAUUGAAAGAGGAGAAGGAAAAGAUUGAAGAGCCUUUUAAAACAUGUUUGCUAAACGGUAGGAAAGAACUUGUGGGCAAUUUCCGAAUAGAACCUCCAGGACUCUUUAGGGGGAGAGGCGCUCAUCCCAAAACAGGGAAAUUGAAAAGGAGAGUUUUACCAGAACAAGUGACACUUAAUUUAAGUAAAGAUGUCAAAGUUCCAUCACCCCCACCAGGACAUAAAUGGGCCGAAGUGAGGCACGAUAAUGAAGUUACCUGGUUGGCUAUGUGGAAAGAAAAUAUUUCCGACUCUUUUAAAUAUGUACGAUUUGCCGCAAACUCAUCAGUUAAAGGCCAAUCUGACUUUAAAAAGUUUGAAAAAGCAAGAGAGUUGCGUUAUCAUGUUGAUGCAAUCAGAAAAGACUACACAAAGAUGCUAAAAUCAGAGAAAAUGCAAGACCGUCAAAUGGCUACUGCUAUUUAUCUUAUCGAUGUGUUUGCAUUGAGAGCAGGUGGUGAAAAGGGAGAAGAUGAAGCCGAUACAGUGGGCUGCUGCUCAUUGAGAUACGAGCACUUGACGUUGAAGCCACCGAACCAAGUGAUUUUUGAUUUUUUGGGUAAGGAUUCCAUUCGGUUUUAUCAAGAAGUUGAGGUUGAUAAGCAAGUUUUCAAGAAUUUGCGAAUAUUUAAGAAGGAACCAAAGAAACCAGGAGACGAUUUAUUUGACCGCAUCAAUCCUUCCUUAGUAAAUAAGCAAUUACAAAAUUAUAUGAAGGGCUUGACUGCCAAAGUGUUUCGUACUUAUAAUGCUUCCAAAACCAUGCAGGAUCAGUUGGAUUUGAUUGAGAACAAAGGUACUGCUGUUGAGAAAGUGGUGAAAUUUAAUGCAGCGAAUAGAACAGUAGCCAUAUUAUGUAAUCACCAGCGUACUGUUAGUAAGAACCAUGGUAACUCAAUCCAAAAGAUUAAUGAUAAAUUACGAGAAUUGGUGUGGCAAAAGAUUAGAUUAAAGAAGAUUAUACUUCAAAUAGAGCCCAAAUUGUUAAAGAAAGAACCCAAAUACUUUGAAGAAAUUGAAGAUUUAACCAAAGAAGACACCGAGCAUAUCCAUCACCUUGUUAUAGAGAGACAAAAAUUGCAAAUUGAAAAAAAGUUUGAACGUGACAAUGAAAAAUUGAAAAUCGAAAAGAAACCACUACUUACAAAGAAAGAUAUCAAGGAGAAAUUAGAUAAGGUACACGAUUUGGAAAAAGAAUACAAAAAGGAAUUGAAAACUGGAAAGUAUCAAGUGCCAAAAGGUGCUACUAUUGAGAAAUUAAAGGCGCAAAUUGAGACGUUGGAAAAUAGAAUUUUGAGCACUUCUUUACUGUUGAAAGAUAAAGAAGAUAACUCUGAAGUUUCAUUGGGAACUUCAAAAAUGAACUAUAUUGACCCUAGAUUAACAGUUAUGUUCUCGAAGAAAUUCGAUGUGCCUAUUGAAAAGUUAUUUACCAAGACGUUACGAGAGAAAUUCAAAUGGGCCAUUGAAUCAACUGAUAAGGAUUGGAGAUUUUAA